GUGCUCAUUGUGGACAGAGACGCUGCUGGACAGGUCAUGGCUGUAUAUGUGAGACUCAUUGGUCGUCACGGCAUUGGUCUUGUUGGUCCGAGCAGGCACGCAAUGUCUGCUCCUUCCCACAAGAAAUGGGCGAGGUCGACACGCAACUCCAAGGGUUAA